AUGACACGGUCCAAAACCUCUGCUUAUUCCCCAAAGCUCAUUCGCAAAGAAGAGAAGCAGCUCUCGAAGCAAGCAGUGAAGGAAGGACGCAUCGACCGUCAAACUAUAAUUGCGCAGAGUUUCCGUUAUAGACGCGAGCUCGUGCAGAACUCUGUUAAACUCACGGACAUGGACUAUGUCAGGCCGGAAGACGUUGUUGAAGAUAAACCCAAGCGAGCCCGUCAAUCUGCAAGCCCUCGUCUAAACCUAGACCCUGUUGAGACCAAGAACGCUCUUGGAUACACGCUCUGGUUGGGCCCAUACAAGUGCGCAGAAGGAGUGGUUCUUGAUGAAACAGAAGAUCUCUCCGACGACGGGUGGGAAGAUGAGGUCCAAAGCCUCGACGAAGACUGUCGUCCCGCUGCUACUGUCGAAAUUGCCAUUCUAGAUAUCGCAACACCAGCGAAACUGAAGGGUGUCGCAAGGGAGUUUGAAGUUGUGCAAGGGCCGCGCGGCGUCAUUGUGCUUGAAGAUGACGGAUGCAGCGAUACUGAAGAGGAGUGGGAGAAGCUGUAUGAAGAGAAAGAGAGAGGGCCUCACGCGACGUAUUCCGCCGUCUUGCAAGGCGUCGGGGGUUGA